UUGAUCUGAUGAGGGACUCGUGGGGAAGGGGAGGCGCCCGCGUCAGGGAGAGCGGAAGGCACGACCGCCAGUGCCCGAAUCCUACAAUCAAACUUGAUGAGCUCCGAUCGGUUUCACUUAACGGGCGCAGGUGCGUGGGAUUUGUGAUUCGGCACAGCUGAGCGACUCCGCGCUCCUGGCAGGACACUGACGCAUCUUAUGCAAAACAGACACCGGACGGCUGGAGGGGGAGAAGAAGGAGAGGAAAAAAUGCUCCUCGGGACAGGACGCACGCUGCCAUGAGACCAGCACCCAUCCUUUGACGGAAUCCGAAUUCAGGAAUUGAUUUGGAUUCCCAAAUCGGAAUUUGACCGCCCUGUCAUUGCCCUGCUCUGUUCUGUUCUCCACCCCAGCUGCUGAAACGAGCCGUUCCCUCCAUCUGCGCUCUGGAAAUGAGGACUGAGUGAGGAAUUCAAGAGGCAGUUUCUUUCAAGGACGCAUACAAGAAAUUAACCCCCCAAAAAGUGCUCGAAGAAUGGAGCAGGACGACGCGGCCGGCCCGUCCAAAAAGACAAUCAUCGCCAAGAUAUUUAAAGUUCGGAAGAGGAGGGAGAUGCUGUUCGUCCAGGUGUGCUUCAUCUGCAGUGUCCUCUUCGUGGCGUGGAGCAUGUCGGCGCUGCUGACCAAGACAGGGCAUGGCAUGGCGGUUAAGGGACAUCCGGACCUCGAUCACUUGGGGAGACGGCUGUUGGCGUUAUCGGAUAACGAGACGGAGCCAAAGAACUGCUCAGAGCCAGCGAUACACGAGUUCCCCGACGACCUUUUCUCCAACGAUGAGCGGAAGAGUGGAGCUGUUCUGCUGCACAUCGUGGCGACUCUCUACAUGUUCCUGGCUCUUGCAAUCACAUGUGAUGAAUACUUUGUUACAUCACUGGAGAAAAUUUGUGAGAAACUAGACCUGAGUGAGGAUGUUGCCGGAGCCACGUUCAUGGCAGCUGGCAGUUCAGCACCAGAGCUUUUUGCAUCCGUCAUCGGUGUCUUCAUCACCCACGGUGACGUCGGGGUGGGGACCAUCGUCGGCUCAGCGGUUUUUAACAUCCUAUGCAUCAUUGGUGUGUGCGGGAUCUUUGCAGGACAGGUGGUCAUGCUGACCCGGUGGGCGGUUUUCAGGGACUCCUUCUACUACAUCCUCUCAGUCGUGGCUUUGAUUGCAUUCAUCUAUGACGAGAAGAUCGACUGGUGGGAGAGUUUGGUGUUGGUGGUCAUGUAUGCAGGAUACAUCCUCGUCAUGAAAUUCAACUCCAGCAUGCAAAGGUUUUUCACAGGGAAGUCCAACAAAAACGUGGCCAACGGUAACGCUGCAGCCAGCAGUGAGAUGGAGGACGUCAAACCGUCCAAAGCGUACAGUCGUGGCUCCGUGGUCAUGGUGGAUGAAAUCAUGAACGCCAGCCCGUCAAAGUUCCGGUUUCCCGAGGCGGGCCUCCGUGUCAUGGUCACCAGUCACUUCGGACCCAGAACCCGUCUGCGGAUGGCCAGUCGUCUCAUCAUCACAGAGCGUCAGAAGUUGGUGCAGACGGCCAACGGAGUCGAGACACAAGUGAUUGAUGGGAAGGUGGAGAUCGAGAACGGAAACGUGCCGGAGGACAAACCCACUGAAGCCGAGGAAAACGACACCAUCUCGCCGUUUCAUGUUCCAAGAGGCAUCGGCAGCAAACUGAAAUGGUUGUUGUCGUGGCCUCUGCUCAGGGUCUCGUCUCGGGCAGCUCCUCCCCCUCCUCCAGCUUUGAACCGAGUCCUCUGGCAUGACUUUUGGGCGUCGGGGACAGUUCACUUCCUGUCACUUUAACCCUCAUCUGCUCGAUCAGAACUGCUUUGCUUUAUAUAUUUAAAAAAAAAAAAAAAUGUGGGGACACUCGGAGUGUCGGGAUGUAUCACAGUCCAGAUCCGCUGACUCAGAGGGGGGGUCAUGCAUCUGCACCAGUGCACAAUGUAAAUUUGUAAACACUUUUUUUGUAUAUUUUUUCAGAAUCGAGGUUUUGUCUAGAGUUUUUUUUGGGGGGGAAAAAUACGGAAAGCUUGUUUAAAAAAAAUAUAUCAGACAUUGCUUGUCUUUCACAGAAAUUGCACAUGAAAAAACGCUUUUGUCUUGAGAUUUUCGCCUCUCACCGUCCAGCUUUGAGUUAAAUCUGGAAAAAAAAUAAUGGAAUCACGUCGGUUUGCAGCAGUCUGGAGUUGUCCAGCGAAUGCAAAGAAACGAGAGUUUUGUCUGUCUGCUGCUGCAGGUUUAACAAACCCGGAUAUCAGGGAAUCUCCGAAGGCGAAGAAGGUCAACGGUGUCAUGGCUUUGAGUUACAUGUAGAUAUUGCACUUUAACAGCCGUCCUCCCAUCCGAAAUCCACCAGUGCUUCCUCCUGUGCGUGUGUACUCCGUGUACGUGUCCGUGUGACUGUUUGGGUAUGCGAGAACACUGUGCAAGCUCGGUUCAGGCCUCUCCAAAAAAGACUCGAUCCUCUCCGGUGUCAGCACAUCCGACUGCAGUGCAUGCUGGGACGCGGCUCCUUUGAGAGAGGUUUCUCCACGGAUACUGCCCGGCCCGGUUUCACAAAAAAAAAAAAUUUGGCAGCUACGUCGGACAUGAUGCAAAAAGGAGGAGUCUGUGACAGAGGUGCGUUUCAGAGUGUCGUCCACUCCCCCCCCUUGCCACAUCGGAGGCGGAGGGCUCUUGUAUAUGCAAUUUAAGUGUAAAUUUAUGUGACGGAAGCCCCCCCCCCCCUACACUGCAAGGCUGCCAUACAAAGACUGGGCCUCCUGUGGAGAUGUGACGUCAGUUUGUCCGUACUUGAUGUGUGAGCUCACAGAUGAGGAACUGGGCGCGCAGGAAACCACUUAUUUUUCCCAACAUGCACUUCUCUUCUUGCACAAGGGCAUUGAAGCUUUCGGGAAGAGGGGAACGCAGGACUUUGUCCCUCUUUGAGCUGCUCCUCAUCCUGGUUUGAAACGGCCGUGCUGAUUGGAUGGAGGCAUCCACACCGUUUUUUUUUUUUUAAUGCCUUCUGAGAAGAAAGCAUGUUGGUACUGUACUCUCGUUGAUUCAGAAUGUGGAGUUCUUUUGAGUGAUCACAGCGAUGGAAAUGCUGCGCUUUUGUUCCAGUCCUGGAGUGAGUUCUCACCGUUUGGAACAAACUUCCUUUUUUCUUUCAGGAAAUUGGGACUUGGAUGCCAUAUUCUUGUAGCUCUGCAGAAACCCAGAUUGUAUGGAAAUCCUGUGUACAAAAUCCUCUGGAGAGGACGGGUGUGUUCCGACUAAACGCGACCUGAUGCACUGUGAGCUCAAUGUGAUGUGGGAGUUGUUUGUCAAGAAUAAUGAUGAAAAAUAUAUUUAAUGUAAAGAUAGUUGCUAUAAAACAUUAAUGAGGACAUCUGUAUAACUUAUAUGAAUGUAUUGUCUUGCUAUACUGGACAUAUCCAACCAAUGCAUUUUACUGUAAAGCAAUAAUGUGAAGAAAAAAAUAAAACGAAGAAAUAAUUCCUGUA